AAAACUGUUCGUCUAGGCAGUAAUCAAUUCAAUAUGUUUUAGCAUCUUCCAUCCUCUUCGAAGGUAUACAACUUACUAGAAGGAAAGUCACUACACAAGUGCCAUCAUGAGCACGGACGCAGAGAUGGAGCAGUUUGGCGUGGCGGCCAUUUUUCUCCGCAAGCCAGAGAGGGAGAGGAUUGAGGCCCAAAAUACUCCUUUUGACGCCAAAACGGCUUACUUUGUGACGGAUGCUGAUGAGAUGUAUGUCAAAUGCAAGGUUGUGAAGAAAGAGGGUGGCAAAGCUACAUGUGAGAUUGAUGGGGGAAAGACUGUAACAGUCAAAGAGGAUGACAUCCACCCAAGGAAUCCUCCCAAGUUUGAUAAAAUUGAGGACAUGGCCAUGAUGACCCACCUCAAUGAGCCUUGUGUUUUGUAUAACCUCAAAGACCGUUAUGCAUCAUGGAUGAUCUACACCUACUCUGGGUUGUUCUGCGUCGUGGUGAACCCCUACAAGUGGCUUCCUGUAUACGAUGCUGUCUGUGUAGCAGCCUACAGAGGCAAGAAGAGGAUUGAGGCCCCACCCCACAUCUUCUCCAUCUCUGAUAACGCCUAUCAGUUCAUGCUCACUGAUCGGGAGAACCAGUCUGUUCUGAUUACUGGAGAAUCUGGUGCCGGAAAGACUGUCAACACCAAACGUGUCAUCCAGUACUUUGCAACAAUUGCAGCUAUUGGAGCUAAAAAGGAUGCUCAGCCUACAACAACUGGCAAAAUGCAGGUAAAUAACGAUUACUAUCUAAAUGUAUUUUUUUUUUUUUUUAAAGUGUUAAAUGUUGUAAAUGUGGUAAUACAGGGGUCCCUUGAAGAUCAAAUUGUUGCUGCCAACCCUCUGCUGGAGGCUUAUGGUAAUGCCAAAACUGUGAGGAAUGACAACUCCUCUCGUUUUGGUAAAUUCAUCAGAAUUCAUUUUGGCACAUCUGGAAAGCUUGCUUCAGCUGAUAUUGAAACAUAUCUGCUGGAGAAAUCCCGUGUGACCUUCCAGCUGUCUGCUGAGAGGAGCUACCACAUCUUCUACCAGCUCAUGACCGGCCACAAGCCUGAACUGCUGGAGGCACUUCUGAUCACCACUAACCCCUAUGAUUACCCAAUGAUCAGCCAGGGUGAAAUCACUGUCAAGAGCAUCAAUGAUGUGGAGGAGUUCAUUGCAACUGAUACGGCUAUUGACAUCUUGGGCUUCACUGCUGAUGAGAAGAUUAACAUCUACAAGCUGACUGGUGCUGUGAUGCAUCACGGAAACAUGAAAUUCAAGCAGAAACAGCGUGAAGAGCAGGCAGAGCCUGAUGGCACUGAGGUUGCUGACAAGAUCUCCUACCUCAUGGGUCUGAACUCUGCUGACAUGCUGAAAGCUCUUUGUUACCCAAGAGUCAAAGUCGGAAAUGAGAUGGUGACCAAAGGUCAAACCGUCCCACAGGUGAACAAUGCUGUCAGUGCUCUGUGCAAGUCUGUCUAUGAGAAAAUGUUCUUGUGGAUGGUCAUCAGAAUCAAUGAGAUGUUGGACACUAAACAGCCAAGAUCCUUCUUCAUUGGAGUGUUGGAUAUUGCUGGAUUUGAGAUCUUUGAUUUUAACAGUUUGGAGCAGCUCUGCAUCAACUUCACCAAUGAGAAACUGCAACAGUUUUUCAACCACCACAUGUUUGUCCUGGAGCAAGAAGAGUACAAGAAAGAGGGCAUUGAAUGGGAGUUCAUCGAUUUUGGUAUGGACUUGGCUGCCUGCAUUGAGCUCAUUGAAAAGCCAAUGGGCAUCUUCUCGAUCCUUGAAGAGGAGUGCAUGUUCCCCAAGGCCUCUGACACAACCUUCAAGAACAAGCUGUAUGACCAACAUCUGGGCAAGACCAAAGCCUUUGAGAAACCAAAACCUGGCAAGGGCAAGGCAGAGGCUCACUUCGCACUGGUCCACUAUGCUGGCACAGUAGACUACAAUAUUGGUGGCUGGCUGGACAAGAACAAAGACCCACUGAAUGACUCAGUUGUUCAGCUCUACCAGAAAUCUGCAAACAAACUGCUGUGCUUCCUGUAUGCAGCCCAUGCUGGGGCUGAGGCUGAGAGUGGUGGCAAGAAGGGUGGCAAGAAGAAGGGUGGUUCCUUCCAGACUGUAUCUGCACUUUUCAGAGAAAAUUUGGGCAAGCUGAUGACCAACUUGAGGAGCACUCACCCUCACUUUGUGCGUUGCUUGAUUCCCAAUGAAACUAAGACCCCAGGUCUUAUGGAGAACUUCCUGGUUAUCCACCAGCUGAGGUGUAAUGGUGUGCUGGAGGGUAUCAGAAUCUGCAGGAAGGGAUUCCCCAGCAGAAUCCUCUAUGGUGACUUCAAACAGAGAUACAAAGUAUUGAAUGCAAGUGUCAUCCCUGAGGGACAGUUCAUUGACAACAAGAAAGCUUCAGAGAAGCUGCUUGGCUCCAUUGAUGUGGAUCACACUCAGUACAAGUUUGGGCACACCAAGGUGUUCUUCAAAGCUGGUCUGCUGGGGCAGCUUGAGGAGAUGAGAGAUGAGAAACUGGCUGAGCUGGUGACUAUGACUCAGGCUCUCUGCAGAGGAUAUGUGAUGAGGAAGGAGUUUGUCAAGAUGAUGCAGAGAAGAGAAUCCAUCUACUCGAUCCAGUACAACAUCCGCUCCUUCAUGAAUGUGAAAAACUGGCCAUGGCUGAAACUGUACUUUAAGAUCAAACCCCUUCUGAAGAGUGCUGAGACUGAGAAGGAGCUCAGUCAAAUGAAAGAGAACUAUGAGAAGAUGCAGUCUGACCUGGCAGCUGCUUUGGCCAAGAAAAAAGAGCUGGAGGAAAAAAUGGUUUCCCUGUUGCAGGAGAAGAAUGAUCUGCAGCUGCAAGUGGCAUCUGAAGUGGAAAACCUCUCUGAUGCAGAAGAGCGAUGUGAGGGACUUAUCAAAAGCAAAAUCCAACUUGAGGCAAAGCUCAAAGAAACAACUGAGAGACUGGAGGAUGAGGAGGAAAUCAAUGCUGAGCUGACAGCAAAGAAGAGGAAGCUGGAGGAUGAAUGCUCUGAGCUGAAGAAAGACAUUGAUGACUUGGAGCUCACCUUGGCUAAAGUGGAGAAAGAGAAACAUGCCACUGAGAACAAGGUGAAGAACUUGACAGAGGAGAUGGCAUCUCAAGAUGAGGCUAUUGCCAAGCUGACCAAAGAAAAGAAAGCCCUCCAAGAGUCCCAUCAGCAAACUCUGGACGACCUCCAGGCAGAGGAAGAUAAAGUCAACACUCUGACCAAGGCCAAGACCAAGCUGGAACAGCAAGUUGAUGAUCUUGAGGGAUCCCUGGAACAAGAGAAGAAGCUCCGCAUGGACCUCGAGAGAGCCAAGAGGAAGCUGGAAGGAGACCUGAAACUGGCCCAGGAAUCCAUCAUGGACCUAGAGAAUGAUAAGCAGCAAUCUGACGAAAAGAUCAAAAAGAAGGACUUUGAGAUCAGCCAGCUCCUCAGUAAGAUUGAGGAUGAGCAGUCUCUUGGUGCUCAGCUUCAGAAGAAGAUCAAGGAGCUUCAGGCUCGCAUUGAGGAGCUGGAGGAGGAGAUUGAGGCUGAGAGAGCAGCUCGUGCAAAGGUGGAGAAGCAGAGAGCUGACCUCUCCAGGGAGCUUGAGGAGAUCAGUGAGAGACUGGAGGAAGCUGGUGGAGCCACAGCUGCUCAGAUUGAGCUGAACAAGAAACGUGAGGCUGAGUUCCAGAAGCUGCGUCGUGAUCUUGAGGAGUCCACCCUGCAGCAUGAGGCGACAGCCGCAGCCCUUCGCAAGAAGCAGGCUGACAGUGUGGCUGAGCUAGGAGAGCAGAUCGACAACCUUCAGCGUGUCAAGCAGAAGCUGGAGAAAGAGAAGAGCGAGUACAAAAUGGAGAUUGAUGACCUCUCCAGCAACAUGGAGGCUGUGGCUAAAUCAAAGGGCAACCUGGAGAAAAUGUGCAGGACACUUGAGGACCAGCUGAGUGAGCUCAAAGCCAAAAAUGAUGAGAAUGUCCGCCAGCUGAAUGACAUUAAUGCUCAGAAAGCAAGACUCCAGACAGAGAAUGGUGAGUUUUCUCGUCAGCUUGAAGAGAAGGAAGCUCUUGUUUCUCAGCUGACCAGAGGCAAGCAGGCUUUCACUCAGCAGAUUGAAGAGCUGAAGAGACAUGUUGAGGAAGAAGUCAAGGCAAAGAAUGCCCUGGCUCAUGGUGUCCAGUCUGCCCGUCAUGAUUGUGAUCUGCUCAGAGAGCAAUAUGAGGAGGAGCAGGAAGCAAAGGCUGAGCUGCAGAGAGCAAUGUCCAAGGCCAACAGUGAAGUGGCUCAGUGGAGAUCCAAAUAUGAGACUGAUGCUAUUCAGCGCACUGAGGAGCUGGAAGAGGCCAAGAAAAAGCUGGCCCAGCGUCUGCAGGAGGCUGAGGAAUCUAUUGAGGCUGUGAACUCCAAGUGUGCCUCUUUGGAGAAGACAAAGCAGAGGCUGCAGGGUGAGGUGGAGGACCUCAUGAUUGAUGUGGAGAGAGCUAAUGCUUUGGCUGCCAAUCUGGACAAGAAGCAGAGGAACUUUGACAAAGUUUUGGCAGAGUGGAAGCAGAAGUAUGAGGAGGGCCAAGCUGAACUGGAGGGUGCCCAGAAGGAGGCUCGCUCUCUCAGCACUGAACUCUUUAAGAUGAAGAACUCUUAUGAGGAGGCCCUGGAUCAGCUGGAGACUUUAAAGAGAGAGAACAAGAACCUGCAGCAGGAGAUUUCUGAUUUGACUGAGCAGAUUGGAGAGUCUGGAAAGAGCAUCCACGAGUUGGAGAAGGCCAAGAAGACUGUUGAGACUGAAAAAUCUGAGAUACAGACAGCCCUGGAAGAAGCUGAGGGCACUCUAGAGCAUGAAGAAGCCAAGAUUCUGCGUGUUCAGCUGGAGCUCAACCAGGUCAAAGGUGAGGUUGACCGGAAACUGGCAGAGAAGGACGAGGAGAUGGAGCAGAUAAAGAGGAACAGCCAGAGAAUCAUUGACUCCAUGCAGAGCACUCUGGAUGCUGAGGUCAGGAGCAGGAAUGAUGCCCUGAGAGUCAAGAAGAAGAUGGAGGGAGAUCUGAACGAGAUGGAGAUUCAGCUAAGCCAUGCCAACAGACAGGCAGCUGAAGCCCAGAAACAGCUCAGGAAUGUCCAGGGCCAGCUCAAGGAUGCCCAACUACACCUUGAUGAUGCCAUCAGAGGACAGGAAGAUAUGAAGGAGCAGGUGGCCAUGGUGGAACGUAGAAAUGGUCUGAUGUUGGCUGAGAUUGAGGAGCUGAGAGCUGCUCUGGAGCAGACAGAGAGAGCACGCAAAGUGGCUGAGCAGGAGUUGGUGGAUGCCAGUGAGCGUGUUGGAUUGCUUCACUCUCAGAACACCAGUCUUCUGAACACCAAGAAGAAGCUGGAGUCUGAUCUGGUCCAAGUUCAAGGUGAAGUGGAUGAUGCAGUUCAAGAAGCAAGAAAUGCUGAAGAGAAGGCCAAAAAGGCCAUCACUGAUGCUGCCAUGAUGGCGGAGGAGCUGAAGAAGGAGCAGGACACCAGUGCUCAUCUGGAGAGGAUGAAGAAGAACCUGGAGGUCACUGUCAAGGACCUGCAGCACCGUCUGGAUGAGGCUGAGAGUCUGGCCAUGAAGGGCGGCAAGAAGCAGCUCCAGAAACUGGAGUCCAGGGUGCGUGAGCUUGAGGCAGAAGUUGAAGCUGAGCAGAGACGUGGAGCUGAUGCUGUGAAGGGAGUCCGCAAAUAUGAGCGUAGAGUCAAAGAGCUGACCUAUCAGACUGAGGAGGACAAGAAGAAUGUGAACAGACUCCAGGAUCUGGUGGAUAAGCUGCAGCUUAAAGUGAAAUCUUACAAAAGACAGGCGGAAGAGGCUGAGGAGCAGGCCAACAGUCACAUGUCCAGACUCAGGAAGGUCCAGCAUGAACUUGAGGAGGCACAGGAGCGUGCAGAUAUUGCUGAGUCCCAGGUCAACAAGCUCAGAGCUAAGAGCCGUGAUGCCGGAAAGUCUGACAUUGCAGAGUAAAUGUCAAUAUCUGGACAUUUUGCGGUCAGUUCAUAAAAUAUGAACUAUAUUCCAAUAAAUCUCAUUAUUAAAAGAUGUACUUGGUUUUGUCAUUUCUACACAAUUUAAAACCAUAUAAUGGCUUUCAAUCUUUUAUGACAAUCUAUAUUUUAGAAUAUGUGUGAGUGGAGUCAUUCACUAACAUGUUUUUCCGUAUCUCAAGGAAUAAAGGC